AAAAUGAUGUAAUAUUAUCCAAAUAUAACCUUCUCAUGCAUAUCUCACAAUAGCACACUUCUCUUCCUUGAUAUUCCCCAUAAAUAUGUAUAAAUAUACACACACAUACCCAUGAGAUUACAAUAGCUGAAUAGCCCUUAAUUCAUGAACCAAAACAUGUCACCCCUUAAUGUUCUUUUACCUUUAGCUCUCUUGCUAAUCUUCUUCUACAAAAAACACAAAACAUCUAAAACACAAACUCUUCCACCAGGUCCUAAAGGUCUUCCUUUCAUUGGAAACUUACACCAACUUGAUAGUUCAUCUCUUGGUUUAAGUUUCUAUGAACUCUCAAAGAAAUAUGGCUCUUUAGUCUUCCUUAAACUUGGUUCAAGACAAACACUUGUUGUUUCCUCAGCUAAAAUGGCCAAACAAGUAAUGAAAACACACGAUAUCGAUUUUUGUAAUAGACCGGCUUUAACGAGCCAUAUGAAAUUCUCAUAUGAUGGAUUAGACCAAGUAUUUUCACCAUAUAGAGAAUAUUGGAGACACACUAAGAAAUUUUCUUUCAUCCAUUUUCUAAGUGUCAAAAGAGUCUCAAUGUUUGCGCCGGUUAGAAAAUACGAGGUAACUCAAAUGAUCAAGAGGAUAUCGGAACAAUAUGCUUCUUCCAACAAAGCUGUGAACUUACAUGAGCUUCUCAUGGGUCUUACAAGCGCGAUAGUUUGUAAGACUGCAUUCGGUAGAAGGUUCGAAGAUGAAGGAACCGAGCGUAGUAUGUUUCAUGAUUUGCUUAAAGAAGCGCAAGAAUUGACUGUUUCGUUCUUUUACACGGAUUAUUUGCCUUUUGUUGGAGGGAUUGUUGAUAAGUUUAGUGGAAUAAUGAGUCGUCUCGAGAAAUUGUUCAAGAUUUUGGAUGGAUUUUUUCAAAGUGUUGUUGAUGAACAUCUUGAUCCUCAAAGGAAACAGUUGCCUCCACAUGAAGAUGUAAUUGAUGCCUUGAUUGGAUUGAAGAAUGAUCCUUACUGGUCAAUGGAUCUCAAAUCUGAGCACAUCAAACCCUUGAUCAUGAAUAUGGUGUUGGCAGGGACAGACACAAUUUCUUCUGCAGUGGUUUGGGCUAUGACUGCACUAAUGCAGAAUCCAAGGGUGAUGCAGAAAGUACAAGAAGAGAUUCGCAAAGUGUAUGAAGGGAAGAGUUUUAUAGAGGAAGAAGAUGUCGAAAAGCUUCCAUAUCUCAAGGCAGUUAUAAAAGAAACAAUGAGAUUGUACCCAUCAUUGCCGAUACUUUUGCCAAGAGAAACGAUGAAAAAGUGUGAAAUUGAAGGGUACGAAAUUCCAGAGAAGACAUUGGUGUUCGUGAAUGCUUGGGCGAUCCAUAGAGACCCAGAAGCAUAUGAGAAUCCAGAAGAGUUUUAUCCAGAGAGAUUCGUAGGCAGUGAUAUAGAUUUUAAAGGACAAGAUUUUGAGCUAGUUCCAUUUGGUUCAGGGCGAAGAGUUUGCCCCGGCUUGAACAUGGCUGUUGCUACCGUGGACCUAUUACUUGCUAAUCUUCUCUAUUUGUUUGAUUGGGAAAUGCCCGAAGGAGUAAAGAAGGAAGAUAUAGACAUUGAGGGUCUUCCAGGACUUGUUCAACACAAGAAAAACCCUCUCUGCCUUGUUCCUAAGAAGCGAAUUGAAUGUGCAUGAUCUUGAAUGUGCAUGCUAAGUUAUAUUAUAUGUUUAGAAAAUAAAGUGUGGAUGUUGUAACUAAGCCAUUACUAUAUAUACCAUUUCCCUUGUAUUAUAUGUUCAAAGAAAUAAAAAUCAUCUUCCUAUA